AGUAAAUGGUAGGAGCAUAUGAUCAAACGUCGCUACGAGUUAUGGAACACGAUGCGAACUUCACUUCCACCGGUUCCUUGGUGUACUAUUGCAGAAUCCGAAUAUCGAUUCAGCAAUGCAGGUUAGAACGUCAAUUUUCGCCCCUUAGACAAUGAAGACGACGGGUGCGGGGUGACAGAGCCAAGGAAAGGAGAAAAUGAGCGAAGAAGGCAGCUAUCGUUGAUGUUACUUGUGGAAAGAAUCAGACGGGAUGAGGAUGAGGAAGAAAUAAUCCAGGAUGGUCUUCGGGUCGAGUGGUCCAAAGCUCGCACCAGGAAAGAAGAGAUUGAGUUACUGCGAGAAGAAAUGCGUCGAGUUCUUCAAUAUCCAUAUUUCCAGUGGCAUGUGCUCUGGUGGAAUGAUAUGGCCCAUCUCUGCGUUCACGGAGGCGCUGAAAAGGAAGGAGUAGUUGCCUAUACCUGCGCCACUCGAUAAGCUCAUAACGUUGGUGCUGAGUCUACUGAAUACAAGAUGUCACAACGUUCGAAUGAGGUACCCAUUUAUUCUCUGAUUUCCAUGAUCUCUGUAUGGGCUGUCAUCGAUUCAUCCCCUGGAGCUACGUGAUUUAGAAGGAUAUAGAUUGUUCCCUAUACUGGAACUUGAAAGUCUC